GCGGAGGAAGAGGGCGCGCAGGCCAGACCCCGGUCCCGGCCGGCGAACGGCCCGGGCCUGGCUGCGUUGCCGUACCUCCGCCUCCGUCACCCACUUAGUGUUUUAGGAAUUAAUUACCAGCAGUUCCUCCGCCACUACCUGGAACACUACCCGAUCGCUCCGGGCAGAAUCCAGGAGCUGGAAGAACGCCGCAGGAGGUUCGUGGAAGCCUGCCGAGCCCGGGAAGCCGCGUUCGAUGCCGAGUAUCAGCGGAAUCCCCAGAGGAUGGAUUUUGACAUUUUGACAUUUACUAUAGCUCUCACCGCAUCUGAGGUUAUCAAUCCUCUGAUAGAAGAACUUGGUUGUGAUAAGUUCAUCAGUAGGGAAUAGUCUGGUGAUGGAACUGCCUCGAGGAGAGCGAGACUUAAACACCGGUCCUGUCGCGUUUUGAAAAGUCAUUGUAUAUGAGAUGAGGCCAUAGUUGGGGGGGGGGGAGGGAAGUUUAUCAUGAAAAAAGCGUCAGGAAAGAGCGAGAAAAGAUUCGAAGCCUCGUGACUCCUCUGACGUUGAGUUUGCGGUUGAUAACAGAUUCUUUGCCCUGCGUGGUGGAAAUGUCUUUCAAAAAUUGCUGCCCCAAAACGUGAAGGAGAAGUUUUAUGAAACUGAGACUUGAUGAAGAAAUAUUGCCGGUAAUAGAGCCCGUGGUGAUGAGAGAAAUUGUCAGAUAACUGAUGGUGGGCAUCAGGAGUCACAGCUGAGUUAUCCUGUGGAGAGACUGGAAGCCCACGGAGAGAACUUGAAAUUGUCAGAAUAUGUGCUCUCCUCGCCCUCAGGUUCCACAGAAGGUUUUGUCUAAGUCGAUUUUGUGUUCUCGGAGGCAUUUCAAGUGGCAAACGAUGUAACUGUUGUAUAUAUUACGUGAUAAAUUACGUGUUCAAGAA